AUGAUUUCCCGCCGUCUAUUUGCGUGGUCCGCCACGGAUGUCACACGGCGUACCGGUGCGUUCGGUAGCGCCGCGCUGCAACGGCGACACGCCGCGACCCACGAACGCAACGUGGUUCAGUCCCCGUUCGGCAAGGUGGACAUUCCGCGCAAAAGUGUGACCGAGUACAUCUUCGAGGGGUACGAAAAGUACGCGAACCAGCCAGCCAUUCGGUCGUACACCUUUGGUAUGACCUACGAGAUGGUAAAACGAAUGGCCUGCGGUCUACUGUCGCAGAAGGGAUGCGCCAUGCGCAAACACGACGUUCUCGGGCUGCUACUGCCCAACAUUCCUGAGUUUGUCCCGGCGCUGCAUGGUGGCCUGAUGGCUGGAUUGGCCGUAACCUUCGCUAAUCCGCUCUACACACCGGAGGAAGUGUGUCGACAGUUUGAAAAUGCCGGCGUAACGGUCAUCGUCACGCUGCCGAUGCUGCUACCCGUAGCGGAGCUGUUUAAACUGAAGGUGAAGCAGUACAAGGGUACGAUCUGUGUCGGAGGAAAGCAUGACUUUGAGAAAAACAUCUACGGAUUCGAGCAAUUCUUGAUGGAAAACCACACGAGCGAACUGCCCACGAUCGACUGUGAUCAAACAGCCAUCCUGCCGUACUCGUCCGGGACGACGGGCCUACCGAAGGGAGUCGAGCUGACCCAUUACAAUCUUGUAGCUAACUUGGCCCAAGGCUCGCACCCGACGAUUUCCAAAUACUUUCAACCGGAAUACAUCAACAAGAAGGAAACCAUCCUCACCAUUCCUCCGUAUUUCCACAUCUACGGACUGAACGGGAUUCUGCACUCCGUCCUGAAAUCGAAAAACCACAUAGUAUCGAUACCCAGUGCCAGUGUUCAGCCGACAACGCAUCACAGCAAACCGCGCUACGUUCUGAGCAGUGUCUCGAGUGUUGCACCGUACAGUGUAAACCAUUUCUCCGCAUCGUGA